ACAGGCAAUUUACGCGUAUAUAUAACACAGUAAUUUUGAGUUUUAUAUAUAUAAAAUAUACGAUAAACGAUAGUUUCGAUGUCAUUCGCGUUUACCGAAUAAAUUAUUGCCUAGGUUAUAAUAAUGUGCGAUUGACAGAUUUGUCUUUUAUCUUGUCACUCAUAGUGAUGCUCUAAAACGCGAUAUAUACUUUAAAUUAUUUGGGGGCAUUUGAGAUGAAAAUGAUGGAUAUCGAUGAGCAAGAUGACUGCAUUGUUCCUGCAGUUACACCUGCUAAGAAAAAGAUGAAACAAGCACAAUUACCGUUCCAAACACAAAGUCCGAUUGGAUCAUCCAAUGUUAUACAUAGCAAAAAAAGAAAAUUAACAUCUCCUUCUAUGGAUUUGAAGAGUCCAAAGGCAUUUAAAAUUUUGAGGAAAAACUUGAGCAAGGAUAUUGGGAGCAAUAAAAAGUUAAAUAGUUCUGCUAAGGAUGCUACAGAGGAAAAUAGUAAGGGUAUAGAAAUUAUAGACAAUACAGAAACUGAGAAUCUAAAAGAAAAUACAACUUCUAAUAAAAAUGAAAGUGGAAAUAAAAAUAGAACUCCAAAACGAAUAUCGACUGGGCAGAAGAUGUUGGAGAAGGAUAAAGUUAAAUCAAAUCCUUUGUCAAAGUUCCUUAAAAAAACGGAGAUAGAUGGAGAAGUUUCAAAGGAUGAACGGAAUACUUUGCAAAACGAGGAAAAUGAAUCUGUUAAUAAAAGUUCCAAUACAAAUGCUGAUAAGACUGCAUUGCAAUCAAAUCAUUCAAGUCAAAAAGCAGAAGUAGAUAAUUCUAUGAACUAUAAUUCUGAUUGUGAUAUUGAAAUCCUGUCUUCAGACGCUGAGGAUAAAGAGGAAUUGGCAAAGUCAAAUGAAAGUGGAGAAAUAAGUGGAGAAACUGAUAGUCCAAAGUCUCUCAAAACUCCCAAUACAGACAAGGGAAAGCAGAGAAGAUUAACGCCUAAACAACAAGAAAAGAAGUUAUCAAGUGCUAAGAAAGAAGAAGAAAGAGAAAGAUUAAAAAUGGAGAAGGAACGAAAACUGGAAGAACGACAAAACCGGCAGAGGGAAAAGGAAGAGAAACGGAGGGAGAAAGAAGAGAAGGAAAAAGCAGAGAAGGAGCAGAAAAUGUUGGAAAAGAAAUUGAAGGACCAGAAGAGACAACAGGAGCUCGAACAGAAGCUGAAAGACAAGCAAGCAAAAGAGAAGAGACUAGAGGCUAAACGUAAGAAACAAAAGGCAGCUUCAAACUUCACUAGUUUCUUUGUCACUAAGAAACAAGAGAAAACCGUCGAGGAAGAAAGUAUUAAUAAGGUUCAGAACUUUAUGCCCUUUGAGGUCAAGACAGACAUGAAAGUUGCACCAGUUUGUAGGAGAACGUUAACAGAAGAGGAGAAAAAGGCACUGGAUGCAAUGUACAAUAAAGAGAGUGCAGAAACAACCGACUUGUAUCUUAGCGAAAUUAAGAAUAAAAAAAUUGUUCCAUGGAAAUCUUCAAAGACAUGGCCGUUCGAAACUAAAGACGAUGUCAUUCUGUUAGACGAUGAAAAGGAUGACAGCUCGAACAUCGUGAAUCAGAACAUUGUCAUAGAGAAGCAACGGACUAAGUUACUUCAGUUCUCCGAGAACCGACGUCCGCCAUAUUGGGGUACGUGGAGGAAGCGGAGCGACAGUAUAAAUCCUCGAAAACCACUAUCAAAGGACACGAAAUGGUUCAACUACGAGGUAGACUCGGACGACGAGUGGGAUGAGGAAGAGCCAGGAGAAUCACUGCAUGGUUCCGACGAUGAAAAGGACGAGGAAACCACGGAGGACAAUGAGUACGACGUGGACAAUGAGUUCAUGGUACCUCACGGGUACUUAUCCGACGAGGAACUUCGUGCCGACGAAGAGGAUAAGGAGGACAUGUCUCCGGAAACGCAGAAAUACAAGUUGAAGGUAUUAGGAGAACAAUUCGAGUCGGACAGGAGCACGAAGACCUCGAGGCUCAAACCGAAAAUAAUUGGUUGCGUUUGGAGGGGCCUUGAAAAUACGUUCUCGGAAAAUGUGCCUGAGAGGAUAGUGGAUUUCUUGUCGGAUCGCGAGGCCUGGGUGCGUCAGAUACCAGUGGCUCUGUCGACCACGUUCGAGAUUGACCCGGGGACCGAGGGCGGUACGCCCACGCCGCAGAGUCUCGCGAAAUCAUCGAAGAUGUCCCAACUUCCGGCAGGGGCUCUUCCCGAGCUGAUCCGUCUUUUACAUGGGAACUUGCAGAGCAGAAAGUUCCUGGUCAGAGAAUUCUCGGCGUACUGGAACAAGAAGAACAAGAACGACGAGAACGUAAUCUCGAAGUCCAGUCUGCUUCGAAAAAUACGCGAGAUAGGGAAGUGGAUGGCGUGUCCCGAAGAGGGUCCUAUGCACUUGAAAUAUUGUUGGUAUGUCCCUAAAAAGAUACGAAUGGAAUACCUGGACGAGGAUAUUUCGUUACCCAAUCAGUGGUCCUACAACCUUGUACCGAAAGGGAAACGAGAUGUAGGGGAGGCCACUGAGAAAUUGGAUGAGGAGAAAGACAAGAAAACCGUGCCAUUAAUUACUAAUUUUACGAAGAAGAUCACCCAGGAGGAGAUGAAGAAACAGUUGACUGUUAAAUCGAGUCCAGCCACCCCCAAGAGUAAGCCCGCGAAGACUCCAAAGAGAGCAACUCUGAUCUCAGUCGGUAGAGGGGAACAGUUUUCUAAGGUGUCGAAAAAGAAUUUGUUAAAGAAUUCUAUCAGUGGCGAUAAAACGGCGAGUAAAGAUGCAGAGAUUAAGAACGACGAUGACGACAUUGUUGUAAUUGAAAGUUCUUCCGACAGCGAUCAGCCUGAAAUUCAGACGGUGACUGAAGAAGAAUUUGAUAAAGCGGAAAAUAGACUGGUUAUUCCUGUGGAUUGUGAAAACGAAGACGACGCAAAGUCAUUCACGAAGGUAAAGAGAAAUAAGAGUGAUGGAAAGACAAUAAAUAACAAACAGAAAGAGAAUAUUAAAGAAACUGUUAUUAUUUCCAUGGACGUUGACAGUGACGACUAGGAAGGGGAAAAGUAAAUUGUAAAAAGAAUCGUGGGACGAACAAAAGAUAGAAGAAAAUUUUGU